AUGGCCCCUCGCCGUGGCAGUCUCCUCAGCGCCCUGGUCCUCGCCGCGUCCUUCCUGGCACUGUGCCAGGUGCGCCAAGCAUUCGUCACUACUCCCGCGGCGCCUGCUACGAGGGAGACGAAGGCUCUGGCCGCAGCCGUUGCCGUGCUCGGCCUGACGACGGAUCCAGUGUUCGCCGCAGGGAGCAGCCCCUACGACGAGAGGCAGCAGGAGGCUGCGAACGUCUUCGUCGGGCUCGUCGUCUUUGGCCUCUUCGCCGGGGUUACGAUCUCGGUCGCCCUGAACAAGCUGUACACGGAGAACGCCGUGGACAAGCCCGACAGCACCCCGAAGCAGCUCAAGGGGGAAGACCAGAUUAUUUAG